AUGGUUUUAAAGAAGAAGAAGGAAAUUCAGGUAGAUGCAUUCUUUCUUGAUGAUCAGCAGCUUGAAAAACUUCAGAGGUUUUCAAAGGCUGAAGAGCAAAACCUUGCAUCUCUGCUUCUGCACUGUGCACAGCUCAACAAUGGCAUCCAGCAGAUCCAGUGUAUUAAACAAAUAUUGCCAUUGGUGAAGAAGAUGGAUCAAAAUUCUGCAUGUGAUCCUAUGGUUAAAGCUUGUUUGGAUAUUUUGGGAGAGACGUAUUUUUCACUGUGUGUGAAGAAUCCCUUGAAAAAAGUAUUAGCAAGCUCACUAAACAGUCUUCCUGAGCAGUUUAUGACGUUAGCUGUAGAGAGCUUUGUGCGCUGCCUUAGAGAAGAACUGAAAACCACCGAUGUGUAUCUAUACAGAAAGGUGCUGGACAACCUUGCUUCCUGUAUGGAGGACUUCAGCUUAGGUAGAGCAAGUAUUAAGAAUCUGUUUGAAGAAGUUCUUCAGUUUCUGCAGAAGUCACUACUUGACAUACAGGAAGAAAACAGGCAAAAUCAUGGAAAUCAUCUUGUUCAGACUCAGCUGAUGCACGAUUUGCUGAUAGCCAUUAAAGUUUCGAUGAUGGUUGUACAGAAAUUACAAGAAAAUAUCCAGGGAAGUCUUUGGAAACACCACGAGUCUUUUGUUUGGCGAAGUAUGUGUAGUUUACUGAAAAGCUCCACAAGCUUCCUAGUGGAUGCGACUCUCCUGCAAACUGUUCAUACUACCUCAGGACUGGCUGUUAUUCUGUUUAUUAAAGCUAUGUAUGAUCCGGUUGAAGAAUUACCUUCCUUGAUCAGCAACUUGCUUCUUGGGUCACUGAAACUCACAGGCGUGCCAGCGUGGUUCGUGAGUAACUGUGGGACUCUGUAUAUGGAAGAACUCCCCGACUCGGUCCUUCUGUGUCUUAGCCAUGGAGCUCUGGCCAUGCUGGAGUGGAAGAAUGGCACCAUGGGUGAAAAUGGAGAGAAAUUAUUAUUAGAUAUUGCAUCGAUCUUGUUGUCCUUGAGUUCAGAGUUAAAAGAAUCCAGUAUGGCAAUGUCUUUGUCUAGAAUCCUUGCUAUUUGGACUAAUUCAGCACUGAUUGCCCUUGCUUCAGGCUCCUCAAAUCUAAAAAUCAACCUUAAUGGGAACUCAGAUGUAAUUGGGAAGCUGCUGGAAUACGUUUAUACACACUGGGAACACCCUCUGGAUGCUGUUAGACACCAAACCAAACUGAUAUUCAAGAAUCUUCUUCAGAUACACCAAACCACUAUUACUGGAUCCGGUGAAAAAUCAGACCCCUUCCUUGCAAAGCUGAUAAAGCAUUUGCUAAGCUUGGAAUGGCAUGUGAAAGGGAAAUAUGCUUCUCUUGGCUGUCUUGUGGAAUGUGUGGGUGCUGAAAAUAUACUGCAGCUGGAUAGAACGAUUCCAGUACAAAUCUUGGACGUGAUGAAUGAUCAGUCUCUUGCACCCUAUGCGAGUGAUCUUUUGGAAACCAUGUUUACAAAUCACAAAGCACAAUUUGCUUUGAAUUUUCAGGGAAACACCUGGAUUGAGCAGUGGCAUGACAUCUGGGUUUCUCCUCUUCUGGUAAUACUGUGUGAAGGAAACCAUGACCAAACUACUUACAUAAUAGAUUACUAUUUACCAAAGUUGCUCAAAUGUAGCCCUGACAGUCUGAGCUACAUGAUCAGAAUUCUUCAGGCUUCUGCAAAUGCUAAUCUAGGUAAGAAAAUAAAUGCCUUUUGUUAAUGGUUUUCAUUUUCUUUAGGCUCUUGCAGUACUAGAGGAGCUCUUGGAGCAUUAAUGGCAUGCCUAAGAGCAGCUAGAGCUCAUGGACACCUAGAACUUUCAAGUAUCAUGAGCAAUGGUCUUUUAUCCACUGAAUGUAUAAAACAAGGUCUAGUUCAUCAGCACAAUCAGGUUUGCAUUGAUGCUCUAGGUUUACUUUGUGAAACCCAUCGUAGCAUAGAAGUUGUGUCUAUGGAAGAAAUGCAACUAAUUCAGUUUUUUAUGAUGUACAACUUGAACAGCCAGUCUCCUUCAGUAAGGCAACAGAUAGGUUCUUUACUGAGAAAGUUAUUUUGUAGGAUACAAGAAAGUUCCCAGGUGCUUUAUAGAUUGGAGCAAAACAAAACCAAGCAGGAGUUACUUGAAACCUCAACUAAAAGGCAUCCUUUGGGUAUUUUGCAACAAUAUAAAGAUUUCCUGUCAUCUGUAUGUGACAGACUUUUUGAGGCGCUAUUUCCUGGUUCAUCACACCCAACCAGAUUUUCUGCACUAAGUAUUCUAGGAUCAGUAGCAGAAAUAUUUUCUGUUCCAAAAGGCCAGGUACAGGUUUUUCAGUUGGAUCAGGAAAUUAACUCUACUCGUGUCCAAACUUUGAUCCAGUGUCUUGCCAGUACUUUUGAGGAAGUAAAAGUUCUGGCCUUUGGGCUUUUGAUGAAACUACGUGAUGUUGCAUUUAAUUUACAGGAUUCUGAAAACCUAGAGCUCCUGUUCCAAGCAGCAAUGGAUCUUAGCACAAGCACCAAGCCAUAUGAUUGUGUCACUGCUUCCUAUUUGUUGAACUUCUUAGUACAUCACAAAGAAUUACAGAAUAUUUGUUUGGCAAAAUGGGUUAAGCGUAAUCCCCAGGUGGAUGAAAACACAUCAGUAAGCAUGGUAGAGAAGAACACUUUAGCAGUUAUCAAACUUUUGUUGGUGAAUGUCGAAGAAGAAAUACUUCAAGCUAAGAAGUCUCUGCUUCAAGCAGCAGCAUCCUUCCCAAUGUAUGGGAGAGUGCAUUGUAUAACUGGGGCUCUGCAGCAAUUACCUUUGGAGUAA